UCCCCCAAAAUCUAGCUGGCUAAGUAAAAGAAUGCAUCGCCUAUUUUGAUCGCAGAAUCAAUUUGGUAUCGAUAGACAACCCAUGGGCACAUAUCUCGUUUUGUUUGUGUCGACGAACGUCAGAAAAAAUACCUUUCUAGGUUGUGCUACCUAAUGUUUUCAAGGUAGUUCGCUUAAUAGCCUCGAUGCACAGAACAGGGUUAGUUAUCAGUACAGUUAUUUAGCUAGCUAACGUUAGCUAUCUUUGCUUGAAGUGUGGGUUGCCUAUUGUGCUAGCUAGCCAGCUACCGUUAACAGCUAUCUGAUUUGCUCUGUUUGAAAUAUUUUCAUAUUUCUUUAUUCUCAUCACCGGUGGAUAUGGGACUACUCUUUACCAAGUUGAUGACUGUCUUCGGAGACAGAGAACACAAAGUGAUCAUAGUGGGCCUGGACAAUGCUGGGAAGACCACUAUCCUUUACCAAUUCCUUACCAAAGAGGCGGUUCACACCUCCCCCACCAUUGGCAGUAACGUAGAGGAGAUCUCUGUACGCAAGACCCGCUUCCUGGUGUGGGACAUCGGAGGCCAGGAAAGCCUGAGAGCCAGCUGGAACUCCUACUACUGCAACACAGAGAUUGUGAUUCUGGUUGUGGACAGCACAGACCGCGAGCGCCUAAAUCUGAACAAAGAUGAACUUCACCGCAUGCUUGCACAUGAGGACCUACAGAAGGUAACCCUGCCUUUCUCUCCUGUCCUGUCUGACUGGUGUGUAGGACCUACAGAAUGCGGCGAUUCUAGUUCUGGCCAACAAGCAGGACAUGAAGGACUCUAUGACAGUGGCAGAGAUCUCCCAGUGCCUCACCCUCAGCUCCAUCACAGCCCACUCCUGGCAUGUACAGGCCUGCUGUGCCCUCACAGGGGAGGGACUACCUGCCAGUCUGGACUGGAUGAGGUCUCGUGUCCUGGCCAGUUAAAACUCCUUCCGCGGGCUCAUCCCAAUUGGAACCAGGACAGCUAUCCUUUGAUCCAACAAACACAACCUCUCAGACGUCACAGCCAAAGCCACAGUGCCCAGAUCAGGAUCUCCACUAUCUGCAUUGACACUGCCCCUCUGAGCCCCAGGGGUGACCCCAGUCCUGCCCUGUCACCCUCAUGCCUUACCCAGCCCUUAGUGUGUAUGCCAGGGCUGACCAGAGAACAGGUCUUCCUCAGGAUAGAGGAGGCCUGGAGGAACCUGUCAGAACCUUAGCUAGACAUGCCAGAGUGUGCCAGUGUGCAUGUGCGUUAGCAUCUGUGUGUGGUGUGUGUGUGUGAGACUCCGUUCUAGAGGUCCACCAUGUUUACAUAAGAAUCCCUACCUGUCAGACCUGACUCCAUGAGGAUGACACAAUAUGCCCCACAUAAGCUGAAAAGGGACCUAUCACAGUAUUUAAGCCUCCUGUCCUCAUGAACUCCACAGAGGUAGAAUGGGAGGUCGCAUUGGAUUUCUUUAACAUACAGAUUUGUACCUCUGACCUUGAGGAAAACCACAGUACAACAGGUUAAGAGGCCAGACCUAAUGGUGAUCAGACUGGUGCUCAGCCUUUUAAGCUAACAAUGCACAAAUUACUUGAAGUAUUUAUAUCAAAUAAGAAAAAAGGGGGUUGCUUGACAGUGUAAAAUAGUAGCAUGCUUUCUGUAAAAAGCAAGAUGACAAACAAGUAUUGUCUGAUUUUAAAAACAGGUUAAUCAUGUAUUUUUAUACAUAUACAGUGGCUAUGUAUUUUACGGUACAAAAUAUUUUUUGUACAAAUAAAUGUUAUUAUUGAUAAACUGGUGACUGGGCUGCCUUCUCUGUAGUAUGGGAAUUACACAUGGAACAAUUUGUGAACGCCUGAACCAAUGAUGUAUAUACUGAACAAAAAUCUGCAACAAUUUCAAAGGUUUUACUGAGUUACACUUCAUAGAAGGAAAUCAAUCAAUUGAAAUAAAUGUAUUAGGAUUUCACAUGACUGGGCAGGGGUGCAGUGAUGGGACGGCAUAGGCCCAUCCACUUGGGAGCCAGGCCCAGUAAAUCAGAAUGAGUUUUUCCACACAAAGCGUUUUUUACAGUAAGAAAUAUUCCUCAAUACCACCCCCUUCUCGGGCGAUCCCACAGGUGAAGAAGCCGGUUGUAGAGGUCCUGGACUGGCGUGGUUACACGUGGUCUGCAGUUGUUAGGCCCGUUGGAUGUACUGCCAUAUUCUCUAAGAUGAUGUUGAAGGUGGCUAAUGGUAGAGAAAUGAACAUUCAAUUCUCUGGCAACAGGUCUGUUCAACAUUCCUGCAGUCAGCAUGUCAAUUACACACUCCCUCACAACUUGAGACAUCUGUGGCAUUGUCGUGUAGCAAAACUGCACAUUUUAGAGUGGCCUUUUAUUGUCCUCAGCACAAGGUGCACCUGUAUAUUGAUCGAUCUGUUUAAUCAGCUUCUUGACAUGCCACACCUGUCAGGUGGAUGGGUUAUCUUGGAAAAGGAGAAAUGCUCACUAACAUGGAUGUAAACAAAUUUGUGAACAACACAUUUGAGAGAAAUAAGCUUUUUGUGCAUAUGGAACAUUUCUGGGAUUUUUUAUUUCAGCUCAUGAAAAAAUGGGACCAACACUUUACAUGUUGUAUUUGUAUUUUUGUUCCAUAUAUAUAUGGAACACUCCCAUGCAGAUUUUGUAUUUGCCAAGGAAGGCAGAUUAAUGUUCUGUAUUAUGUCUGAUUAGAUGUUAAUAGAGAGAAACUGCUUGCUUGUUUAAGGCUAAAGUGAUUUCGGAAUUGGGACCAGAUUUUAAUUAAACUCACAUUUCUAUGUACAUUUCGUGGGGUUGCCGAGGUGCCUUAUUGCUAUUGUAAACGGGUUACUAACGUAAUUAGAGC